AUUCCCAGGGAUCGCAGACUUAUCGGUCAUCGACACGCACGCACUGUGCACCCCGAGGUCAACGAAUUAUUCUGAGGUUUGGGGGAAUCGAGAGCUGCAUUCAUCAUCAAGCGAGUCCAUACAACAGGGGCACACACCAACGCUUAAAAAGGGGGGUCGUGACGAGAAAGAGACAUUGCCUGAUGAAUGGCACCGGUGAUUGAGCCGUGGAUGUUGGGCAGGUAGCGUGUCGGACGCGGGGUAAGAAGGAAGGCAACCGUAAAAUCACUCCAGUGAGGCCCUGCAGGGUUCGCUUUGGCACGGACUCGACUGUGCUGCUGGCCACGCUACACCUGGAUAAUUUGUAGGUGUCUGGAAAGUGCAUCAUGGACAUUUGCUCCCCUAACACCAGAGAAAGCAAGAUGGCGCUGACCAAUCGACGGGUGUUUCUGUGUCAAAGACCGGAUGGUGAGCCACGGGUGGGAAAUUUUCGAACUGAAGACUGUGCCUACCCUACAGACAUCCAGGAUGGUCAGAUUGUAGUCAAGACACUUUAUCUUUCUGUUGACCCAUACAUGAGAAUAUGCAUGAAAGAAGACACUGGCACAAAGUACCUCCAGACAUGGAAGCUGGGCCAUACCAUUUCAGGCGGAGGGGUGGGCGUAGUUAUUGACAGCAGGUGUUCAGAGUUUGUCGCCGGUGAUAUUGUUUCCAAGGACUUCAAUUGGCCGUGGCAGUUGUAUGCAUCUCUUCCAACUUUGCAUACCAACAAGAUUGAUGGAUCCUUCGGUAGCAAUCAGCUGUCACUGGCCCUGGGUGCUCUGGGAAUGCCCGGACUGACAUCGUUGAUUGGGAUACGUAAGCGCGCCAAGAUCAAGCCAGGAACCAACCAAACGUUUGUGGUCAGUGCGGCGGCUGGAGCAUGUGGGUCACUAGCUGGGCAGAUUGCAAGAUUAGAAGGGUGUGGUCGAGUGGUUGGUAUUUGUGGGACGGACAGGAAGUGCCGCUUUCUGAUGGAUGAACUGGGAUUUGAUGGAGCUAUCAACUACAAAACCGAUGACAUUGCCGCUAGGCUGUGGGAGUGCUGUCCAGCCGGCAUCGAUGUGUACUUUGAUAAUGUCGGUGGUAAGAUCAGCACCGAAGUUAUCAAACAGAUGAACCCAGACAGUGUAGUUAUCCCAUGUGGCCAAAUUUCAACGUACAGCGCCGACAUCAAAAUUCCACUGGACACAGGCACCCUGAUGUUACUGAAAGAGAGGCGAAUCAGCAGGGAGGUCUUUGCUGCCAACGAAUUCACUGACUUGUUCGUCGAGGGGAGAAAACAACUUGCCAAGUGGGUCAGGGAGGGAAAAAUCAAGACAAGAGAAACAGUAGCAAAAGGGCUGGAGAACUGUGGUGCAGCAUUCAUUGGAAUGAUGAAUGGAAGCAACAUAGGCAAGCAAGUUGUCCACAUAGCUGAUCCUUGACCUUCGACCACACAACAUGAAAGGUCGUUGAUACAUAUGCAUAAUCAGAUCAUUUUUUAAAUUGACAGUCCAAUGGCAGUUGGACCCAGGAUGGGGUAUAGAUGUAGAGAGUUAUCUGGUACCAAGAGUUCUCUUGUUGUCAAAGCAAUAUACAGAACCAGUCACAAGACCAUUCAGAAGACCGGUCAUAAGUUCCACCAUGAACAGUGACAAAAGAAUGCUUUUGUCGCAGUUCAUUUGAAUAGCUGGUGACUUGAAUUCAUGCUGGGGGUCUUGUGUUGGUCUUCGGGGGUCUAGACUACAACAUUGGGUACCGUUGUUAUCUGGUUUAGAGUGUGUACAGUCAGUGUUCAUCGGAAUGUACACCAAGCCAUAUUGGUUUCCCAUGGGUGUUAGGGCAGUGGCAUCAAGUGACAAGUAGGCUGCCAACCUUUUUGUCAUCAAUAGUGGAACGUACUGCUGUUCAAAGUUUCAAUUUAUUAUCACAAAUAGGUUAUUUGGGAGACACUUUGUGGUAAAUUUUUCAACCGUAGGGAGACACUGGUCUUUAGGUAGACAUUUCAAAUGCUCCAACUACCAGAAGGAGGCCGAGUUUUGCAGUCCAAAUUUUGAGAGAUGAUAGAUUAGGGUCUAAAAUGAAAACAUGCAAAGUUUGGUUAAGGUUGCAUUAGGGAAUAUUGAAUUAUGGGACGGUACAGUUGGAAAACUUUUGUGCAUAUUCUGAUGGGAAUGUCUCCCUAACGACCCAUUUUCGAACUAUUGCUAUUACAAGUUAAAUCUAGAUUCCCUUCAGUGUUCAAAUUGAUAAAAGUGCACUCUUUCAGGGAGUUUUUGGCCUUUACAGCAGGUGGAAAUGUGACUCUGCUGCCUAUUUAAGAUCCAUUUAUUGAUAAUUUCUCUGUUGUGAAAGAAAUAUUGGGCCCACUUUACAUGGCAGUCACUGGUGAUGUGUCUUGUAUGGUACAGUGCACAAAAUAUUUUUCUCAUGUUUUGUGUGGCAGAGUUGUGAUCCAGUCCAAUUGAAAUUCAUAUCACGAGUCACCUCACAAGCAAUUUCACAAUGCCACCAUAUUCAGGAAGUGACACACGGGGUUAAUACUCAACUACCUUUGCUAUAACAAAGGCAUUCCAACAUUAGCUCGCAGUCGGUAGCACUUUGUCAAAGCGACAAGUAGGGGGGGCUGGACAAAGCCAAAGUAUUGAUAGGAAAACCAUUGUGAUAGUUCUUUGAACAGCUUGUCGCUCAACUUGAGAUUGUGUGACUUGUGGUCUACUUCGGAUUAACAGGUCGGGAUGUGCACCUGACUGGUAUGUACACCUUCAUCUUUGUGUCAUGUAGAAAUGAAGUAUGGCAGGGUGAAAGAGAGGGCCUCUUUUGCCCAAUGAAAACCCUAGUUACUUAAUUUCUGCUUGAAACAGAGAAGUGUGUGCAAGUGCUUGUACGGCACUCUUAAGCAUUUUAAUCCAGCCAUCCGCUACCCUUUGGCUAUUCACCUCGAGCAGAAGCACUCCCUCGUUGGUUGAGAAGAGCCGCGUUGGUUGGAAGUGCUCAGUUUAUUGGUAGCGAUGUUACUAUGACCCAUGCAUUUCCUUGUCGUUUGUGAACCAGUGAAGUUCAUUGCCGACCAGUGAAGCCGCCAUUGCCAAGAAAAUAGCGCCCUCACUUGGUCCAGCUCAAAGCCAGUAGGAAUGCUUCUUGACAUCAAAUCUUGAUCUAGAUUUGGCUUGUUUGUAUGAAUGACCUCUGGCACCCUGGUAGUCAGCACAUCCUUGCUAAUAAAAUUUCCAAUUUACGUAGCACUGUGUCUCUGUCUUGCAGUGAGUAAUGGAGUAGGCAGAUCUAAGCUAAAGAUUCUGGGGCCAAACUGAAAGCUAAUCGAAAACCACAGUAGCCACUUUUUUAAUACUAAAAUUUUAGCAACUCAGUAAAACUUCAAAAGAGUUCAGUGCAGUGUUUUAAGCUUAUCGUCAGUAUGUAUAUAUAAUUGUUCCGUACAGAUGAAGUAUCCAAAGGUACAAAAAAUGUAUAUUCCUUGCGACCAUGUUUAAUACUGAUGGAGUCUGAUAAGAUGCAAUUUUGUGUACUGUAAGAAAAUGGGGAUGGCCCUUUUUGGAAGACCAACUUGUUCAACUUCCAUUACUCCUCAUCGAGGUGCCGUGUACUUUGUAUAGUAUCAGGUGAUAAAAAAGCAUUUGAAAUUUCUUCCAUAUUGCGAGGCUGUGGAUAAGGUCAUUGUGAGCCAGUAAUUUGUAUUAGUGAUAGCUUUUGUACUUGUCUGUGACAGGCAAUUUGUAUAUUUACCGUUUUCCUCAACAUUUUCUUACCAUCUGUUUUCAAAAUGAUAUCCACGUACUGCAGGAAAGAGUAUUUAUCAGCUUAUUAAUCAACAAUGUAAGUCUUUCUCACAAUUUGAAGUAUUUUGAUGCAAAGAACAUUCAGAACUACUGCUUGUAAGAGUGGGACUCUACCUCGGGUAAGACUUGAUGCUCUGUGCAACUGAUUUUGUGUAUUAUCUUACAUUUAAUCAUUCAAGCUUCACUCCAGUGAGCAAUUCACAAUAGUGCGCCACCAAGAGUUUGCAACGCGUUGGCCAAUCACAAUGAGCCAAAUUUGUCGACCCUUUC